GGGACUGGCAAUGAAACAAACUGGAGCAGUUCAAUGCCUUCUGCAAGCAAGUACCACCUCUCCAUUGGCUUGGCUUUGGCUAUAGGUUCCAGUAUCUUUAUUGGUUCUAGUUUCAUUCUGAAGAAGAAAGGACUUUUGAAACUGGCAGACAGAGGAGUCACCCGAGCUGGACAAGGUGGAUAUUCUUAUUUGAAGGAAUGGCUUUGGUGGGCUGGACUGCUAUCAAUGGGAUUAGGAGAAGCUGCAAACUUUGCUGCCUAUGCCUUUGCACCUGCAACCCUCGUUACCCCCUUGGGUGCACUGAGUGUUCUCAUAAGUGCUAUAUUGUCAUCCUAUUUUUUAAAUGAGAAGCUGAAUAUUCAUGGAAAGCUGGGCUGUGUACUGAGCAUUUUGGGGUCAACAGUCAUGGUUAUUCAUGCCCCAGAGGAGGAGGAGGUCACCUCACUAGAUGAGAUGGAAAGAAAGCUGCAAGAUCCAGUGUUUGUUACAUUUGCUGUUCUCCUAACAGUCAUUGCCCUUGUCCUGAUUGUUUUUGUGGCUCCAAAGAGAGGUCAGACAAAUAUCUUGAUCUACAUUUUAAUUUGCUCACUCAUUGGUGCCUUCUCCGUCUCGUCUGUGAAAGGCCUGGGCAUUGCCAUUAAACAAAUGCUGGAGAGGAAGCCAGUCUAUCGCCAUCCCUUGGUUUACAUUUUGGUGGGCAUCUUGGUGCUCUCAGUCAGCACUCAGAUCAACUAUCUCAACAAAGCACUGGACGUGUUCAACACAUCCCUUGUGACACCCAUUUAUUACGUGUGCUUCACUACAACAGUGGUGGCCUGCUCCAUCAUCCUGUUCAAGGAGUGGAGUAGUAUGGGACUGGGUGAUAUCAUUGGAACCCUGAGUGGGUUCUGCAGCAUCAUCAUUGGCAUUUUCCUACUGCAUGCUUUCAAGAACACCAACAUCACCUGGAGCCAGUUGAUGUCCACUGUUGCUAAAGAACCGUCACUGCCACACCGUGAAAUUGAAACCAGUGACACUUUGCUGGAGAGCAUGGAAGACCCAGCUUUGGUGUAUGAGGAAGACAACAUUUUAUUCAGUCAAUGAAACACUCAAGCAGUGGUCAUCAUCAAAGUAUCAUGAAUUGCAAACACAGCCCACCCAUGUCUACUAGAAUGAUCUACUUUUCUGCAGUCCUCUGGAAAUUUGUCUAUGAAGCCUGUUAAGUGUGGGCCACUCCUCUCUGUGUCAGCUUGUUGGCAAUAAUGAAUGAAAAUGUUCAGUAAUUAGCAUGACAGACAGAAACCUGGUGGUGAUUAUAUGUUUGGCAAUG